CCGUGCUUUAGUCUACAAUUGAGUUUUGUAUAGUUAAGUCGUGAUCAUAUACACUUGUUGUUUGUUGUUAUAUUUAAUUAUCUGUCUAUAAGCUGUGUCUGUGUUUUUCGGAAAAACCGUCACAAGAAGCGUGAAGAUCGCGACCAUUUUUCCCAAACCGGAGAAACCGGAGGUUUGAAUCCUGGUUCUUUGCUCUCAUCGGAGGCCACGCAGAGUCCUGCCUGCCACGCGGUUGUGGGAAACCACUCGUCGAUCAGUAGACCUUAACGCGACGAUCCUCGGAUCCUCACGGCCAGAAGACAAAAAUAAAACACAACAAGGUGCUGUCAGCAGCCGCCAAACCAAACAAAAACAUUCAAGUGCGAAAUUUUUGUGAGUGAAGGAAGUCUCGUGAAAGCUCCAAGUCCAGUUUUAGGUGAAGAAGUAGACAACUGACAGUGUUUAAAGAUCGCGCGCUCCCGAUUGUCUCCAACCCUUCCUGCAGCAGCCACUUAAAGUUGGCGAUCGUGACGAGUACUACUCGUUUUUCCUCUAGAAAAAAAAAAGUUGAACCCAGGCGCAGCAGUUCUCAACAAGUGAAUUUUGAUACACGUGCUUAGCAGAAGUGAGUGUGUGACUUUUGAAAGUUGAAUUUUUCGCGUAUAGAUGAAAAAAAGGAAAUAAAUUCCAAGCAGUGAUUUGACAAGUGCAAUCGGAAAAAUAAAACUUUGAAAUUGUAUGCUGACGCGCGAAAAAAUUAUCGUCGAAGGGUGCAGAUUAUAAAUCGCCAAAUAGCGAAAAAAAACCUGACUUUUACGUGAUUUUUUCGUCUGAAGUGAAGUUAGUGGAAGGAGCAAAAAAAAAGUUGAAGAAAAACGCGGCAAGUGAUUUUGAGCGAAGGAAAAUUCCUCGGGCCCAGAGAUAGAUCGUUUCUUUUCGACCGAGAGACGCAAAAGUUGCCGUAGAGCAGAACAAAAAAAAAAUUGAAAUCCAUAAUCCUUAGCCCCGGGGCAACGAAAGCUUAAGGGCCCAGCAGCGUAAUACAAUAUAAAAUAUAAAAACUCUGUUCCUGUUUCCAGCUGCAAGAAAAUACGCGGAAAUUUAUCGUUCUCGUUAGCAGCACAAAAAAAAAUUGUAGUGGGUGUUUCAAGUAGCGGAUGAACACGCGAAAAAAGCUUCGAUAGCGAUAUAAUAAUAAUACACGAAAAAAAAGUUAAAUAAAAUCCUAUAAAUCAUAAAUACAAAACCAGAGAAGAACCAGAAAGUCCGGCUGGAAAGCGGAAAAAAGUCGAUUACGAGUUUUUUGUUAUUUAUUCUGUCCAACACACACUGGUCAAGUGGAAGGAAAGUGUCCAGUAUAGUAGAGAGGGAAAAACAUUUCCCUUAUCGUACUCUCGCUCUCUGUCUCCGAAUAAAGCCAAGGGAAAGCAGAAGAAAAAUCCUCCUCGUGAGUGUGUACGUAUGUCAGUGCGUGUUCAUGUCAGUUUAAUCAAUUUAAUAACAUUGACCCAAAGCAUUCCAGCUUCGACGACGAUUCAAGGGAAGGAAUAAACCACCGAAAGCAUUUCCUAAACCUUCUAGAAGAAGCAAAAAAAAACAGUUCAAGUAAACGGAAAAUAAAACUCUCUUUCGGUCGCUGUGAAUACACUGAAAAAAAAAUACACACACAAUUCUUGCUCGCUUUUUCUCUAUCCAAGUGUCUCUCUAUAUCGUCGACUAUAGAGAAGCUCGAAUUCCGGUUUCCCAGAACGGUUUUCCCUUAAGUGAAAAGAACGUGCCCGCAAAGUCGUCAAACCACCAGGAAGGACACACAUUCAGAAGAAGUGGCCAAAGCGCAUCCGAGUAGCUGAAGAAGCAGAAGCAGAAGAAGACCCAAAGUUAUUCCGAUAUUAAUUUCGAUUCCUGCUAGUGAAUUCAAUACAUUCCAUAUGGUUCACAUGAUAGAAAUCGUUCGUCAAGGGAAAGUUGACUUUCCUCAAAUGAUUAUGAACCGUGCUAUUCCAGUUAAGCCAGCGGAUAGCGAAAAUCGCGGUGCGUAGAGAUCCGGUCGGUCGCACCACAAUGAAGUCGAUGUUGUCGGUAUUGCCUUCGAAACAAUUUUCGGUACCAUUGCAACAGCAAGAACAACAACAACUGGUACAACUGCAAGAGUAAAUCGAAGAAGAACUACAACAGCAGCACCAUCAACAACUAGUAAAAAAAGCGAAAGCAUCAACAGUAACUGAAAGGAUUAGGAAGUCUGUUUGAAGAUUGAUUCAGAUCAAGUGCUAGAGAUACUAGGCAAGAGGUAGUUAAAGAUACAGAAGAGGUAAACUUUGAACCUUUACAAAAUCUCUAGACAAAAAUAACAGUGAAAGCCAGCGGAAACAGUAGAGCUUUAAAGCAAGUGUGAUAUCUAGGAAAUAGGAACAAAAAAUAAGCAUAUUUAGGGAAAUAUCAGCCUAGCCAAAACGUAAACUAAAGUUUCAAAAAUUAAACUAAUACUUAAACACACACAAACAAGAGAACAGACGUUUGAGGAGAGUUGUUUUGAACGAUAUCAGUUACAUUGACUUCAGAAGUUGAGCGACUCAUUUUAGAGGAGAAAAAAUACUAACGAGAUCAGACAAAAUUGGAAUUUCCUCCAUCUUGUGGGAACGUCAGCCAAUUAGAGCACUGCAGGACACAAAUAGACACACAAAAGUAUUAGCUCCGUGAUAGGUUCGGAUUUUCAAACAAUCGUUUCGAAGUUUUCCAAGAGGGUUUCAAGAGCGGAUUUUCGCGGAAGGGAUCUCCACCUCCAGUCGUCGACCAAACGACGAAAGUCCUACUUAAACAGAACAGAGAGAAUCACCACGAAAGGCACCUUGGCCGGCCGCUGGUUUCGGAUUCACAACACUCAAGUCGUGAACCAACCGGGGUCUUCAGAAAUCGAAAGCUUUUCGUUGGCAUGCUAAGCAAGCAGCAAACCGAGGAGGAUGUAAGACAGUUGUUUAACGCAUUCGGAUCCAUAGAAGAGUGCACGAUCCUGAGAGGACCAGACGGUGCCAGCAAAGGUUGCGCCUUUGUGAAAUUUACCUCGCAUCAAGAAGCUCAAGCUGCUAUAACAAGUCUUCACGGUAGUCAAACUAUGCCGGGCGCGUCCUCCAGCCUCGUGGUUAAGUUUGCAGACACCGAGAAAGAGAGGCAACUCCGUCGUAUGCAACAAAUGGCCGGUCAUAUGAACCUGCUGUCUCCGUUCGUCUUCAACCAGUUCGGUCCCUACGGUGCCUACGCCCAGCAACAGCAAGCGGCCCUGAUGGCAGCGGCCACCGCCCAAGGAACCUACAUCAAUCCGAUGGCCGCGCUCGCAACCCAAAUACCUCAUGCGUUGAACGGUUCAGGACAACCCGUGAAUGGUGCCAUCCCCUCGCUACCGUCGCCCACGAUGCCGACCUUCAACAUGGCGGCGCAAACCCCCAACGGACAGCCGGCCGGUUCCGAGGCGGCCGUCUACACCAACGGCAUCCCGCAGACCUACCCAGGGCCCAUUUACGUAGAUGCCCUGCACCUGUCGAUACCGGCCCAAGGACUUCCAAACGGAGACGCAGCCCUGCCGCACGCAGCGUAUCCUGGCAUUCAACCGUAUCCUGGAGUUGCCUACCCAGCCGUCUAUGGACAAUUUCCGCAAGCCAUACCACAACCGAUAGCCGCCAUUGCACCAGCACAACGUGAAGAUGUGCUCGUGUUUCCCGCAGGAUGUUCGAUUUCGGGCCCGGAGGGUUGCAACCUGUUCAUCUACCACCUGCCGCAGGAGUUCGGUGACGGGGAGCUGAUGCAGAUGUUCAUGCCCUUCGGCACUGUGAUAAGCUCGAAGGUCUUCAUCGAUCGGGCCACGAACCAGAGCAAGUGCUUCGGUUUUGUGUCGUUUGACAAUCCAGCCAGCGCUCAAGCUGCAAUCCAAGCCAUGAAUGGUUUUCAGAUUGGUAUGAAAAGACUGAAAGUUCAGCUGAAGAGACCAAAAGACGCGAAUCGACCCUAUUAACAAUCAGAGAUUAAGAGCGCUUUGAGGAGUGCUUCUGCUGAAGCUUUAAAAUAGGAAGUUAAUCCUUAGGCAAAACAAAAACAGAAUUAUAUCAUCAAUUAACACAAACAACCGAAAGCAGAAAGUAAUCAAAAAAUAUACAAAUAAAAAAAACGUUAAAAAAUUCUUUAAAAAAAAAUCUACACCGCUGAGAUCGGACCUUCAUCUACCAGGAUGGCGCGUCACACUUUUGGAUACUCUCGUCCUGGAACAAAACAAAGAGAGAACAACUCUCGAGCGGCACUGACAGAAAGAGAGAGAAAAAAAAACAGAGAACGAGACGUACUUCGUUAUCCACCCACUACAAAUAAACUAUGCUACUGCUGAAAACUUAAACUUAUAUACGUCAAAAAUUAGAUAAAUGCAGUAGUUAAGCAAGACGAAGAAGAUGUAGGAGGAAAGAGAAAAGUUCAACGUAAGUCUAGUCAUAUGACAAUUGACAUCUACACACAAGAACACACUUUUUCACACAAAUAUUUACCAACACUAGUGAGCAGCAGCCCUAUAGAUUUCUGAGCCCUCCGUGUAUUGCUCUUUCUCAAUCAUCGCAGAAACACUCAAACACAUACAUGAACACAUUUAAAUCAUCUCACCCACACAGACACAAGAACCACCAAAAACAACAAGCCCACAUUUUAAAGUUCUCCUAUUGGUUAAUAGUUAUUCUUUUCCUAGAAGGAAUGCUAACUUUCAUCAUGAAAAAUUUCCCCUUACAAAAGAAAAAAAAACAGUGUCUGAAGAGAUAUCAAAUCCUAUCCACUCAUUUUUUAAGUGAGAGCGCGUUAAACGAGCCUAGAUCAGAAUUUCCGAAUUGAGAGAGAAGAAGUUUUUUCGUUCCCGUUUAAAAGAGAAAAAAAACAUCCAUUCAUACACUGUGUACAUUUUUAGAUAUAAAACAACAUAUAUUAUAUAUAUACAUUACCUAAGAAUAUUUAUACAUUAGAGAGUUUAACCAAUGCAGAACAGAAGAAUAAAUAAGAGGAAAAAACGUCCUGAGGAGGAGAUUUUUUUCCUUAUUUGAGCAUUUUUCAUCGUGCCAUUUCGGGAAAGAAUACUAAGAAGAUAUAAGAAAAUGAAAAAUUAAAACAGGAAGUAAAUUGUAAGGCUACACACAGAAACAAAGCUAUUAGUUUCGGAUUCCUAGCGUUAUUAGGUUUUAGGGUUCUCUUGAUCGAACUAGAGAAGUAAACACUGUGGAGAGAAAUUUGCGAAAGUGCGAGAGAAAGUGCGAAGAGUGUUUGUAGUAGAUUUUUCCUCUGUUUUGUAUUCUAUCGUGGCACCAGACGAACGCACCCCCGAUUUGAAGGAAUAUUCAUAAAAAAUAACAUAAUUAAACUUAACUAAAGCUUGGUCAAGGCGUAUAAGAGAAAUUUUUAGAUCGUAUUUUCUUUGGCAACGAGAAAGGAAGUAUCAAAUGUAUACAUUUUGAUCCUCGUAGUACAUUGAAGUUUUUCACUUACACAUACAUAAACUCACACUCUUUUUUCUCUCUUUUUUAACAUAAUUAUAUAUCUGAUAGCAUUAAAUAAUACUGUAUUGAAAAUUUAGAUAAUUGAGAGAUUCUCUUUGCCGAAAUGGAAUUUAAGCCUUUGAACGGGAAAGCUAUAGCCUGUGAAGGAUUGUUUCCCCCAAAAAGAGAAUGAAAUUCGUGCGGGAGAAUUUCGUAAGCGACACAUACAUACACAAACACAUACUUUGUAUACUAGCUAGAAGUAAUUUUAUCGAUAUGAAUGAACGCGUAACCAUACAUUUUAAAUCUCCUAUCAACACUGGAUCAUUAGAGUAUUGCAUUAGUUUCUCUUUUAUCGCUUUUCGGCUAGAAUAGUGAACGCGGCCGAUGGUAGAAAAUCAUGUCCCAAGUUCAACCGAAAAUGCUUAGUUUGAGCCUGGGCAUUAGUUCUUAAUCAAAAUGUAGCAUUAAAUUAUCUUUCAAUGUAGUUUAAUUGUUUAUUUAUUUUUAGUUAAAAGUUUAUUUUUUACCACCGCGAUUGCUAACAUCGUUUUACCUGUUUCAGUAUUAAUUUAUUUGAUUUAUCCAACCUUGUUUGUAGUGCGAUAAAGUUACCCACUCUAGGUUACCUCUAGUCAAUCACCGAACGGUGUGAUUAUUAAGUGCAAUACAACCUUUAACAAGUCCCUAUCCGCACGUUGAUUUGACGUUGAAGUCUUCUUAGAAGAACGAAUUUACUGCAAAACAUGCAUAAUUCUAGGUUUAAGAGUACUAAACUUUUGGGUUCUAAUAAUUCUCAGUCUUAAGAAUAGAAGAAGCAGGGAUUUGAGAAAAAAAAAACCUUGAGUUCUCACAUCUAGAGUAAUUUGUUUCGAUUGUCGAUAUGAAAAUUAACUCCUGUUUGAAUUCCAGAACUAAAUUAAUCACACACAUACAACCAUGAUUACGAAAAAAGAGCAUUUAUUCAUUCGACAUGAAUCUACAGCUAAGCCAAGCCAAAAAAUGAGAUAAAAAAAUGUAAAGUCAAAUCAUGCCACUGCAAAUGAAGAAAAAAAAAUUAGCGAAACAAUAAAUGCCUCGUAGCUGAUAGCGAGACAAAUAACGAUAACUUUAUCACCACAACACUGAAAAAAGGAGAAAAAUCUUAGGCAUCAUGUAGCAAAAUGUAUAAAAGUAAGGCAGAGUUCCUCCCAAUUUUUUCCGUUGUUUCCAAUCACACUCCUUCGAAUAACAACUACAUUUAACAUGCAACCUAAAGUAACAAAUCAACAAAACGGAUAAUAGGUUCCUAUAGCAGAGGACAAUUCCUUAAGAACAAAAUAAAACAAUCCAGCGCCCAAACGAAGGCAAAACUUUAAGUUUCUCCUAGUAGGCACUAGAUGGCAGACUUGCUUGUUUUGCGUUUCGGUUUUCUUCGUCUUAAGGAAAAGGACCCCAGGAGCAGUGCAUUUUUUUUCGUAAGUUUGUUUCGAUCUCUGUUUUCCGCAUUUCAGCAGCGUAUUUCACAGAACGUGUGUUUCAAAUUCAUCAACUUGGUCCGCGACGAACAUCAAGGAUGGAACAUCUUGCCAAACCCUCUCCCAUUGCACACUAAAUUUGAAACAAACAAAAAAACUGGUGGAUUCUUUCGGCGAUGGGAAUUUCUUUUUUUUUAAGAGCAAUUUGGAAUCAGUUUUGAAUCGAAAAAGAUUAAACACUUAGUUACAAAUGGUCUGUAAAAUGUAUGAAACUCACUCCUAAAAGUUUAAAAUCAAGAUUUCUUUGGUGAAGAACCGUGAAAAAUGAAUGAAAUUAACAAUUGGUGAAUUUGAACUUCAAAUUUGGACACUGCAUUUAAGAGAGGUUUUUUUUCCAUUGAAAAUAAAAGAAUCAAAGAUUUUGAAGUAAAAUACCUUUUUGUUCGAAAGUUUAAGAUUAUGUUACAAAAGUAACAGAAACCAUUCUGAAAUGCAAAAAGUUUUUAUGUUUUUUUCAAAUCUACUGACUGAUUGGAAAUUUUCUAAUGUUCUAACACAAUAAAUUCUUUUUUAAGGAUUUUUGUUACCCAAAACAUUUUUUUACGGUGAACAUACCAAGUAAAAUAUAGAAUUAUUGUGCAUUUUUUUUUAUCUCAAACGAAAUAUUGAACAGAAAAACUAUAUUAAAACCAGAAAUUUUGAUAAUUUUGGAAUGAAAGAAACAACGCACAAUCACAAUAUUUUUUGCACAUUUUCCGGUAGCGUCAUCGGAUGCUGCUGCACUGCAAACGCACAAAUGACUUACACAAACGUCCAGAUUCGUUUUUUGUUGACUGCAUAACUCUCACCCAGUGUCUCUCACUCCUGUCACAAAGUGAUGAUCAAUGAACGAACAAAUCAACAAUGGAAACCUUAAACAAAUGGGCUGUGAUUUAAAUGUUUUCUUUGUGAGAUAUAUUUUUUUUGUUUUGUCUUGCCUCCAUGUGGUUUUAAAACGUUCCGACUUCCUGUUUUUCUUCCUCUAAUUAGAUUGAGUUGUGAAAAUUUUUCUGUCACAUCAAGUGAUAUCACCACGAGAAACAACUGGAAAAAGUUUACACCCUUGCAGGGUUGAGAGAACAGAAAUCCUGACAUGAUGUGUGAUACUGUUUAACCCGAAAAUCUAAACUAUCGAUGUUUAUCGUUACUGUAAUCAAAAUGAAACUAGCCAUCUUGUGGGGGCGUGGAGAUUGAUUGCAAUAAUUUUACAGCUUAACAUUUUUUUUUGAGUUUUAAUCAUUUUUCAACUGGUAACAAAAAGUUGGAAAUGAUUAAAAUAGAAAAAAAAUGAGAGGAAACAUUUUCUCAGUGUAAUUGUCAGUGUUGCCAAAGUUCCUGCCCUCUCAAGGUUGGCUGUUUUGUUUUUUGCUAAGACACCCUCUAUGAGGGAAAACGUUCGCUGUAAAACGUCAGUACCUUGAAGCUAUAGUUGGCUGCCUCAAACCUCAACGAUUUUUGUGGGCUUAAAGUGGUGCCCAAAAAAUAAGAUUAUGUUGUUCCAAUCGAAACCGUCAUUAGUGUUUGUUUUAGUGUUUGAUAAUAAACUGUAGAAAAAUGGAUAACUGUCGCUUGGUUUCAAUGUUUGCCUUUCUCUGACACUUUCUGUGCGCGAGUGUGAGUACCGGGUGAGAAUUUUGUUGCAGUUUGAGGAUAUUUUUGUCAAUCGUUCGAAUCGAAUCCACCGGUCCGGGAGAGGCAUUGCCUUUGAUUGAGAUCCCUAUUGCCAAACGAUUUUAAAUGACUGUACAUACUGUAAAUUUCUAUUUAUCAGCUAACAAAAAUAUCUAUUGGAUGCUAAAACCUUUCAACCUAGAACUAGGACUUUUGAGAAAGGCAGUAGUAUGGAUGAAAAAUUAUUGAAUCAUAUCAGUUUGAAAUGAAAUUAUUUUAACGAACAAAAAUACCUAUACCUAUUAUACACAAAACACCGAUAUACUUAACGAAAAUAAAAUCGCAUAUGUAGCAUAUAGUUUUGAACAAACAAGUUUAAAAAACAAGAAAGGACUACAGCCCAACGAAAGUGAACCCACCUUUUAACGAGCAUGCUUUCGAUUGGUUUAACCCUGAUCUCUACAUGCUUGGGACCUUCCCUCGAAUCCUGUUCCUGUGAACCAUCCUCUCCCUCCCAGAAACUGAAGAGCUAGGUUCGUUGACCCCGCCCUCUAGAACAGCCCCACCUCUGUUUGCCAUCCCAGCCCACCCACAUCUAAACUACAAUUUGGUUUCAAACCACAACCCCACCAUCCCCAAAUUAAUAUUAUAAUUACUCGUAACGUUUGCGCCAAAACAAGAGCGCAAAGUUACGACAAAAGUUGUAUUUAGUAGUAAAUAUUUUUAUUAGUCUAUACACACGUAGAUAAUCCAAAGGCUCGAUAGUAAUGGUCAGCUAUUUUAGUCGCUUAUUGUGAAAACUCUUCUAACCUUCAGUUAGCCGCUGAACUGAAACAAAAAGUCAAAUACGAGUAGAAAAUCUAAUUUUCUUGAAAAGGACACACUUACAACGCUGAGUGUGGACUGUAUCGGAAUCCGAAAAAAACGGUACGCAGAGUUUAAAACCCACAAUUGCUGGACUAUAGUUCCAAAAUUAUCGAAAAAUUAAAAUAGAUCGCGCAUUAAGAGUUUGCUCAGCAUUAUCCUCCUGCAGGGGAGCCAGAAAACCUUCAUAUUUUGACAUACAAUCUUACCCUCUUAUCUGUUGUGUUAGGAAGAGCAGCAAAAAAUAUCUUAAACAUGGAAACAAAACAAAACCAAUCAAAUGGGAUAACCAGUGGACAACUCUAUAUAGAAAUCAACUUUUUAUGCCCGUAUCAAAUCCGUACUGAGAUAUAUUUAGAAAUGCUUAUAAGCAAGUGCAUACAGACAAACACUUACACAUCCGAAAUAAAAAGAGUAAAAAAGAACAAAUUUUGAAAAGUAAAAAAAAUAGUUUUAUCAGCUAAGAAAUCAUUGAAACCAAAACCUAAAAUUAAAAUAAAGUAACCGUCUACCAGUUCCGAGAUCUCUGAAGGGUGCCGGACAGUGUCCCCGACUAUUAGGAAUACCAACAAAACUCUCAAACAACCACCACAACUACUAACACAAACACCUGACACAUAUACCAGUAAAUUGUGUCUUUUUUAGGGAGCAGUUUGGUUAUUCGAAGUAAGCAAAUUCCAAGACACGUCCAUCUCGCCCCAUAAACUACCAAAUGGUUUCGUUGAUGUUUGCAACCUAAACAUUCAGACAUUCUUGGAAUUAUUUCAAUCAUCUUCCCACCCUUCUAGGGGUUCUUUCUUUAACCAACUAGGCUUUUGACUGUAGGCCUUAGUAAUCUAUAGGGUAUUAGUGCUUAGUGUCAGCUUGAUUUCCGUUCCAUAAACAAUACCAAACUAUUGAGAUUCGAUCAUUUCCGAGCGCCGCCACCAACCAUCCAUCCAAAAUAGACUAGUGAACCAAAAAAAAACAACUUCCUAGCUAGCGAAAUUGAACCACAACAACAACUACUUGAAAACGAAACAAAAAAAAAACGAUGAAAUGAAACUACUAAUCUCUAUCUACUACUUGCGUUGAUUCUUAUCUAUCUUCUGUUCCACUAUCUACUUAAGGCUCAAGCUGUCGAGGCUUAGUUUUGCGUUGAAUCUAUCAAUCCAACUGCGGGCUGCUGGAAAGCCGCCCGAGGUCUAUCUAUCUUUAAAACUCGUGGGAAGAAACAAAAAAAAAGGAAACUGAUCCACCUAGUUAUCAUCCAUAAUUUAGUGAAAACAUACACCACACACUUUCACACACCACAUGUACACAUCAACACGAAUUCUAGUUAAAAUCCAACCUAUCGCUAUCACUAACACCACUAAGCUAACGUACCAAUUGUUUCCGUUUGAUUGGAGAAAUCAUCCGAUGAAGGUUUGCACGGUCAACUGUUCUAGAUAAGCAUUGAACAUUCAAAGACGCGAAUAGAAUCAUCCUUCUUAAAAAGGUAUCAGCAGAAUCAAAACAGUUUGUUUUGGUUCCGCACGCUUUGAUUCCAAUCGCAAUUGAGAACAAUGGAUUGAUGAUUGCUGAUGACAGGUGAUGAUGAUAAACGCCGCACAAAUGUUUACAUCAUCACACUGUAAAGAAAACCUACUCAAACUGUGGUUAACAGUAACACUGCAGUGUUGGCAGAUAAGAAUGAGUAGAUUUAUCGAAUGACUCAUUCAGAAAUGAGUACUUUCCCGGAUAGGGAAUAUGAUAAGUGGAGAGUGCGACUAUAGCAAUCGCUAAUGAAUUGUGUAGUUAUGUAAUGACUAGACUGACGAAAUAAAAAUAACUCUAUUCCACCACUGAGACCUGCGUUUUAACAGUUGCUAUGCAUGGUUUCUUUUUGGAAAAUCUGAACGAACUUUUUAAGCUCCUUUUUAAAAGCUUUCGCAUAAUCUUCACAAAAAUAUGAUUCGAGUAAAAAUAAACUUCGGAAAACUGUAUUUUCUUCUAUAAAAAACAUCUUCUAAGCAGUACUUGUACACUUCGUUUUUUUUAACGAUUGCUCUCGAACUACUUCAUCGAUGAGUUAUCCAAUCUUUCAGUUGAGAACCCCUUUAGCACCAAUACAACAACACAUCUGGUCAUAGCUUGAACCAAUACUCUCAUGCAUACACACAUACAUACACCGAAAACAUUCAUACACACAAAGAAAAAAAAACGAGGAAGCACGUUAAUCAACCUAUUAAGAUACUAAAUUGUAGCCAGUAGGAUGCUCUUGCAAGUGAAGUAAAGAAAUAUAUUAUAUAAAAGAAAAAUGUAUAAAACAUAGGAUACAGGGUAUUUCUUGCAAUUAAAGAGAAAAAAUAACAUGUUGAUUGACGAAAAACUAUUAUUAUUAUUACUAUUAUUAUUGAGAAAAAUCGGAAUAACAAAAAAAAAACACUAUGAAGAAUGAACGUAAGCAGCGAGGGAUUUAUUAGGAGAUACCAGCAGCCAUUUUUUCUUUUUUGCAAGAAAGAGAGAAAAAACAUUUGUUUGACAAACUGGAGGCACUCGAAAAAGUUCUGUUUUGUGAUAUGAAUGAACUAAGCUAAGAAAAUCUAAACAAAUUGAUAAAUAGUAACCAUAUUCAAAAAAAAAAAGAACAAAAAAGUGUAAACAAUAACAAAUGAAGAAUUUAUUAAUUAAACAGAAUACUAUCAUAUUGACUAACACAAAGGCGAAGAAGGGAUAAGAAAAAACCAAAACUCGUACUACGAUUUAUUAGAACAUAUUUAAAGAGCGUCGUCAUCUUCACACUCUCACACAAACCCCUUUGAACCUUCAAUUUUUUCAGUAUCGACCAGCCUCUCUUCUUGUUUUAUUUCUUCCGCAAUGCCUCACCCUUCCUUGUUCAGAGAAAAAAUUAUGAAAAAAAAAAUCUAAUAGUUUAACCCCUCUAGAAGCAAAGCACUGACCUCAACCACUAUCUCUAUCACAUUCACACACAUUCAAAAGAGAAAAAAAACAAGAAAAGGAAUGCGCAGAAAACUCGAGCGCAAGUAAAAGAAAAAAAACCCUUUUCACUAAAUUUUGCUCGGCCAUCUCUUUCGCGUUAGUAAUUGACUUAUAGUGAAACAAAACAAAAAAUGAAACAAAAAAUACCGUUAUAUAUGCACGAUUUUUUCGCAUUUUUACCUAUUACCGAUUUUAGAACUAAUAAAAAAAUACAACAUAACUAUUAAAGAAAAUUAUUGAACAAAAACCAACUUAGAGGAAACAAAAAAAACCAACCGCAAAUCAGAUUGCAAACUAUACAUUAUGAAAAAAUAUACUAGAUUUACACAAGUAAGUAAUUGAAGGUAACUAAAAACUAACAAACCAAAACAAAGAGAAAAAAAAGAUAUGCAAACUCUCACACACACAACCCAGGCGCUGACGCAUUAGCGGGGUAAAAAAAAAACCUAUUGAGAAAGAAUACCAGGAUAAGUCCUGUACAUUAUGCGAUAUUUAACGCUUCAUAUAUUAUAUUUAGCAGUAAAAAAAACAAGGGAGAAGCCGCAAAUUGAGCAGUAAAACAGCAUUCAUUCUGAAAAUUAAUAAAAAAAAAACAUACCGAAAGAAAAUUUAAAACCUAACAGUAGAACUAAACAAAAAGUUACAAAAGGCGGUAUAUGGAAUUUGAAAUUUGUAGAAUCGCAUCUCGUACUCAACCGAAUAAAGUUUUCGAGCCGGAAUUUGUGUUUCAAAAUGCCUAAAUAUGCCAAUGAUAUAAUUUUUUGGAAUUGCAGUUUCUGUUGUUGAUAUCUGUUACCAAAUAUUGAUUCAGAUCAUCAAUCAAUUAAUGAUGGAAUUUGAUAUGUAAAUCUAAAUCUAGAUUCCAGAUUCAUUUGGUAAAACUGUAUUUGAAAUUGAAAUCUGAUUUUAGAAACUUUAAUUUGUAGAAAUCGAAACUCAUGAUUUCUAAGUUUUGAGUUUCAAUUUCCUUACUUUUCAAUUGGAAUUUUCUUGGAAGGCAGUCAUUUGAUUUUUUAUUCAUAGAAUUCAGUGUUUCGAAAGUUUGAAAUUGAUUUUCAGCUAAACAUUUUGGUUUUUUGCCUUUCAAAAUCAAAAUUUUCAAAUUCCAGAAAUCCGCCGUGUGACAUGAGGUUUUAAGUUAAUCUUUGUCAAAAACUCUUACAGCUGUCAGGAAACUACAAAACAAGAAAAACUGAAAUGCAGCACAAAGCCACACAAAUGCAGUCAAGUCAGUCAGUUUUAUUCAAACCUACACGGAGGAAAAAACUUUAAUUAUUGCGACAAUAUCGUAUUAUAAUAACAAAACAAAAAAAAAAGAUAAUUAAAAAUUGAAAUGAAGCCUUAAAAUGUAUAUGCAUCAUAAGAGAAUGCCGAACGGCAUGACUUACAACAGAAUAUGAAGAAGGUUGAGGAGAGGAAAGAUUGUGGAAGGAGUAAGCACGAUCACCAGAGCUGCCAGCAGCGAAGAAAAUCGGGAGAAGUUGAGUCGGUCCGCAGAGAGAAGAAGAAAAGCUGUGUUUAGGACUAGGGAAUGCAUUAGCCAAACGCCGAUCCAAAACGAGUGGUGAAAAAUUUCUCCAUCAGCAAAAGAGCAUUUGCAAACACGGAAAACUCAAGCUCACAUGCAAAAACAAAAACUCCACAGCCAGUAAACAAAAGCCGAAACAAAACAAACAUAAGCGUAAUCAUGCCCUUCUAUUCGACCAUUUGAAUGGUUUCAAUCAAAGAAUUUUCUCUAAGAAACAAAACAAACAAAAUAACUUAUUCAAUGGGAAACAUAACACAUACAAAUGCAGUUUAAACGAUGAUGAUUGAAAGAAUUGAACUUACAUACUUGCACACGUUUGUUGUGUAACAAACUAAGAUAAAUAUUUGAGGAUAGGGGCAAUACGCCCUUUUUCCAACAAAACUAAAUUAUUUAACAAAACCAAAAAACAAACAGAGACAGUCCGACGAGAAGUAGCAAAGCUCCACAAUCCGAAGUUGAAUCCACCGUUUUUCUUUGUUGUUCUUGAAAGUAUAUGAAGCCAUCGAUAAAUUUGGAACAUCGGCAAACCUCUCUUGAUAGAAAAGUGAGGAAAGGAGAAAGCGAAAUUUCGAGAUUCGGUAACACGCUUCUUUUUUCUUUUGCUUCGCCCUUUUGGAUCCACGGUAACCCUACCCAACAUCUGUCAGUUAGCAUCCUCCUCCACGAAAUCAUUCCCGGUUUCUUGACUUCUAACCUCCUACCAAAGGCGAUUCGGUACGCUAGUUUUCGGUUGAAACCAAUUUGAUUGUAUUUCCUCGAAAGCCGACAUGCAUGAACACAAUUUUUCAGCUCUAUAAUAUACUUGAUAAAAAAAGAGAACAAAAGAGGAAAUGGUAAAUAAUAAAAUAUGAAUUUAUUUGGGAGAUAACAAAAAAUAAGGCGAAAGCGAAAGAAAAUAAGCAUAGUACAUAAAGUAUAUAUAUAUUUAUAAAAGGUAAAAUUAUUUAUAUUAACAAAUUAAGAAAACAAAUGUAAAAAGAACUAUGAUCUAAAUUUUAAGUACAACAGUAUUAGAUUAAUCAUAAAAAUGAAAUAAAGAAAUACUGGAACUAGUUUAAAUUGAGCUAUUAUUUGAACGCUGAAGCCACGAACAUUCGUAAAUCAUCAAUUUUGAGAUCGUACGAGAAAAAAGUACUUAGUAGCCAUGGAGAGUCCUUGAGAAUAGGUAAUUUCAGUGAAAUUGUACGCAAAUGAACUUAUUCAGCCAAGCGGAAAACGAAGCGCGAAAUGCCGGACUUUGGAGUAUGAAAGGAUGGAGAAAAAAGAAGUAUAUUCAAAAAUCAUAUCAGGCAAAAUCUAAAGUAAACUUUUAAAAAGUAACCAUGAUAGUGAAAAAUCAGCUAACGUUCAUUAUUAUUAUUUUUAGGAAAAUUUUAUACGUACUCGUUCGAAAGUCGUAAUAUCACGCCAAAGUAAUAAAAAAAAAACAAAUAAAAAGUUCACUUACACUAGCACAAAAUGCAAACCCGUACAUUGUCCAUACACCAGAAAUAUUCCACACAUACACCACCAACCCACAUUCAGCUAACUCGAAACCCACCAAACCCAUGCCAGCAGAUACGCGCUGGCGAAAUAGUUCUCUUUUACCCUAAUCGUACAGAGCGAGAAACUAGAAGAGCCUAUCUACUGUUCCCAUCUUCCAGUUGAAUGCUCACGAGAGCGCGAGAAAGCAAACACAGUUCAAGAGAGAGCAAAUCCGAGUGGAAGCCAAGCUCCGUUCUUAAAGGGUAGCGAGAGAGAAUAACUCGGAGCAAGAAAGAGAGUUCGUCUGUUCAGACAAAAAGUUGAGGGGUUUGUGGCUCUGCGCUGCUACUGCUGGUUUCUCCCUCUUGAAAUCGUUGAUCCCUUCCAACAAUUCGUUUCGACAGGUUAAUUACACCACCAAAUACACGUCCAUAACUUAAAAUAACAACUAUUGAAACAAGCUACAAAUCGCUAGAACAUAUUUGAGGGACAAACAAUUUCAUACAGAAGCAUACUAACCAAUCAAUUAACUGCAGAAACAGACUUAUAAAGAUUACAUACAUUAAACAAAAAAGGAUGAGAACUUUGCUAGAAAUAACCACAGUGGCUUUCCCUUGUGAAAAAUGGCUUUUAGGGAAACACAAACAGUAAAAGUUCAGCAUCAUUAUUAUUAUCAUUAUUAAAACAAAUAUAACUCACAAGUAGUGAAUCCAGUUUCGCGUAAGAAAAUAGUCUAAAUCUGCAUUGCUUCAUUUCCAGCUGUCAUUGAACUUGAACAUUUGUUUCAAAUACAAAUCAUACUCCUCUGUACGGAGUAACAAAGGUUAAGAAAAUACAACUAUUGAACAAAACCUAUAAUUGACCACACUUUAUACACAAGAAAGAAAAAAAAUAAAGAGAAAAAAAGAACACACACUAAAAAAUAUACAAUAAUUAUUAUUUAAGAAAAUUAUAUCUAUCAACUUUUGUCAUCAAUUAAAUUAAAAUUUAACUAAAAUGCGAUAAAACAGGAAUAUUGAUACUACAUUUGGUCGGGGUCGAUCGCUUGCCAAGGAGCACAAAGCCUAGUGUGAAACACAACAGUCACACACGCACACACACACCCAUACCACCCCAACCACUACAAAGAACCACACACGACCACCACCUUACAAUCCACAUCAGGCGACACGUGUCCUCCACGAGGCAUUUCGCGACGGCAUCCGAACCGAUUUAGAGACUUACAUUCUUAUUAGUAAAAAAAAUGAAAAGAAGAGCACGGAGGAAAACGGAGGAGAGUAACGUACACAUUAAAAAAACCAAAAAAAAAACUUAUUGCGAGCUAGAGAACGAAGCCGUAGCAGCGGAUGAGAAUGAACUACUAUUAGAACACGAAAAAAAAACACUCACACAGACACACAAAAACAGCUAACAAUCGAAUAACAGAGAGAACAUAUUUAAGCUACAAAAUCAACACAACCACAUACACAUAAAAGUAAACGAAAAAAAAGCCCAAUGCUGAACGGAAAUGCUAGAAGCCCGAAAAAGCAUGAACAAAAAAAUUGAAUAAAAUGCCAAAACCAACUUGUUUAGUUAAAAAAGAAGAACAAAUAGAAGUGAAAGUAAGGAAAAAGUUAAAAUUAUUAUAAAAAAGGAAUGGUGGAUGAAAAAAAAAACACAAAAAACACUUUUCCAUUUUAAUGGACAAAGGGGCGAAGAAAAAUGAUUACUUAUUAUCAAUUAUUAUUAGAAAGGAAAACAAACGCAGAACAAACGCAAAAUUAACUAAUUUUAUUAAUGAAUUAUUAAACUUAUUGAUUAUUAUUAUUACGGUUCUAUUGCAAUUAUUAUUAAAACUACAAGGAAGAAAAAAAUGCGCGAUACAGAGGAAUAAUGAGAAAUAAAUGAAUAAUUUUGUAUAGUGGCGCCCGACCGAAUCAACCGGUACGAAUCCGGACCUACUGAGGCAGACCUUUGCGCAUGUUUGCAUACGUACGGAUACGGAUAACCUUUACUAUAACGGACGCGGAAAUCGUUGCAUUUUACCAUUAGUAGUGAUCAGCUGUGGCGCUAAAUGAACAAAGAAAAAGAAAUUUCGUUUUUGCUAUGGAAUAAUUGCAAUUUAUACUUAAAAUAAUUAAUAAAUAUAUAUAAUAAAAGAAAAAAAAUAUUACCGAAUACAGGAAAAGGUUUUACCCAUAAGCCAGUUUCAAAUGUUUAAUUUUUCAAACGAGAAAAAAAACUAGAGUAUUUAUAAAAUGCCAAGCCUAGUAGAGAAGUUGAUUGCCAUUGUAGAGUAGUGCGAACUGUGUAUUAAGCAAAGAUAGGAAUGCAAAACCAUUAUAAAGGAAGCAAAAUGCACUCUUGGACUAGAGAUGAACAAAAAAAAACAACUUAUAAAACAACUAGCGUUAUAUCAGCAUUUAAAAAGAAAAAAAAAUGAGAAUCGGUUACGAUAACAUUCACGAGAAACGAUGAAAGGUUGAUUCUUCUUGGCUUCGGGACGGUUGAAUCGGUCGCGCCAAAGAUCAAAUAUAUUAUUAUAUAUGAAGAAAACAUAUUAUUAACUUUAUAACAAAAAGAAAAUAACAAAAUAAAGUUAAAAAUACACUUUUA